AUGCCUCGUACAACAACUGCAUCAAAUAAGGGUAAAGAUGAAUCGGUUCGAGUCGUUGUUCGAUGUCGGCCGAUGAGUGAUAAAGAACAAGAAUCUGGUUGUGAAAGAGCUGUUGACAUCGAUGUUCAACGUCGGCAAAUGUCUAUUCGACGACCAACCGGUGAAUCUUCUCAACGUAGUAGUGAUGAUACAAUACAUAAUUUUUUUUUUGAUGCUGUUUACGAUUGGAAUUCACAACAAAAAAAUGUUUAUGAACAAACAGCACGACCACUUGUUGAUUCAGUACUUGAAGGUUUUAAUGGAACAAUAUUUGCUUAUGGUCAAACUGGUACUGGAAAAACAUUUACUAUGGAAGGUAUUCGUUCUCAAGUGGAAUUACGUGGAAUAAUUCCAUCAUCAUUUACACAUAUAUUUGAUUCAAUUUCACAUACUACAUCAAGACAAUUUCUUGUACGAGCUUCUUAUCUUGAAAUCUAUAAUGAAAGUAUUCGUGAUCUUUUAUCAAGAGAUCAAAAUAAACGUUUACAAUUACAAGAACAUCCUAAAGAAGGUGUUCAUGUACAUGAUCUUAGUUCAUUUAUUACAAAAAAUAUACAAGAAAUUGAACAUGUUAUGACAACAGGAAAUUUAAAUCGUUCAACAGGAGCAACAAAUAUGAAUGAACAUAGUUCACGAUCACAUGCUAUUUUUAUUAUUACUGUUGAAAGUAGUGAGAUUGGUAUGGAUGGAAAGGCUCAUAUUCGUGUUGGAAAACUUAAUCUUGUUGAUUUAGCUGGAAGUGAACGUCAAGCAAAAACAGGAUCAACUGUAAAAUUUUGA